GCGCUGGACCUCCGCUAAAUAAAGUAAAUCGAACCCCUACACCCACUCGAGCGUGCGCCAAUUACGGCUACGGGGGGCUUCAGGCUGGUUGCGGGGCUGAAUCCAGUUAUUGUCAUCGCUAUUGUCCAAUUCGAACUCUGUAUCCAAAGGGAGAGACGUCAGAAGGAUCUGAUCUCACCUUUUUUUUUUCUUCUCCUUUUCCCCUCUUCUUUUUCUCCUUCUACAACGUCGAAAACUCUGGCUCUCUCAGAGUUUUCGCUUGGUAAAUGAGCACCAUGUUGCGCAAGAAAGAGGCUUUUACCCUCGUCACACCCAUUCCGGGCUUCAUCCCGCGACAACUCGCCAUUGACAUCCUCCACUCCCACAGCGAAGUCAUCACCCUCAACCCGCUUGUCCUCGGCCACAAGCCCAUUUCUGCGCCUCGCAAUGCCGCCGCCGACGAGUUUUACAGCACCUGGUAUGAGAUUGAGGAGCGUGUCCAGGUCAUCCCUGGCAUUGGCAAGAUGGGCGGGAGCAAGAUCAAGUUCAACGGCUGCUUCCACGACAUGCCCUGGGGCCUCCAGACUCACAUCUACGCUCCCCUGAACAUCGAUUUGCGCAACACGUAUCGCAUUUGCGGCAACCAGCCUGGAAUUGAGCCGCCGGAGCAUCGCGAGAUUGGCCUCGAGGCCCUCGGAGCCCCCUCUGACGGCUUGUACCUCCGCGAAGACAUCGAGAUCAAGACCAACAUCGCCAUGGUCAGCUUUGUCAAGGCCCAGCUCAAGGCAGCCAACAAGGAGAUGGUCCAGCGCAUCAUUAAGAAGGCCGAGCUGCUCGAUGCUGGUGUUCUGAAAGCAAUGAUGGAGGACGGCAAGCUCAGGACGGUCAACCCCAACGACCGUUCCCAUACGCCCGCAACGGCCGCGUCUGCAGACCCUAGACGACAGUCUUCCGUUUCCUAUGGAAUGGGCCAAAAGAGCCCUCAGCUGGCACAGGCAGGCCAUAUGCCACCAAAUUACUCACCGGGUUACUCUCCCUACGCCUAUCCUGCCCCACCUCAAACACCGCAGAUGUACGACCCUCGACAGUCAACAUACCAACAAACGCCCCAGCCUGGCAUGUACGCGCCACCGCCAAUCCCUCCCAAGGAGCAAAUGGUCAUCAUGGAACUGCCCGGCGACUACCCGCCCCAACACGGCCUCUACCCGUCUCCACAGCCGAGCCCGGGAUAUCGUCCCCCUUCUUCGUCCUCGUCUGACCCGCGCUGGUCUGCCCAGCCGAGCCCGUCCAUGAUGCACCCGCAAAGAAUGAGCACCGGCUCUACCAGCAGCGCGGGCCAACAUCCUGGCUUUGUGUCAGAGCUGGCAACACACAAUGAAAAAUCAGAGUAUUAGAUGGCACGCCCGAAAGUUAAUGUUUGGAGUUUUUGAUGAAGACGGCAUAAAUGCAACAAAGGCACCAGUUUAUGAAAGAUGUGAAAAGUCGCAUGAUGAAAGCAGGGAAGAAUGAAAAGAAAGACCGGUUAAUGCUAAAGAUGGGAGAAUUUUGGGCGCCACCUGUCGGUAUACACUUCAGCGUAAUUUUUCAAUUUCUUUUGUAUUAUUUUUUUCUAUUG